CUGGUCCCUGAACUUCCCUUAAGCCCAGACCAGCUGGAGGAUGUGUUUGAUCACCUGGACCAGGACGGGAAUGGUUUUCUGACCAUGCAGGAGUUUACUGACGGAUUCGGCUGUUUCCUGGGGUUUGAUCAGACCAGUAGCCUGGAGGAGGACUCCCUGCCUGUACAGGUGUAUGAGGCUGAGGAAGGGGAGGACCAGGCGGUGCAGAAGUUCCAGGAGUUUAUGGACAGUCUGGAGAUAGAUACAAGCAUGCUGGAGAACCAUGAGCGUGUGAGAGAGAUGUGGCUACAGCUGAACCUCAGCAGCCCAGAACUCCUGGAGAACUUUGAAGACUUCCUCCGGAAGGUGGCCGGGGAUCUCAAGUCUAAACAGCAGGAGCAUCACAGACUGGAAGAUGUCUUGAGAAGUAAAUCUAAUGAGCAUGAUGAGGAAGUCCAGCGUCUAUAUGAAGAGAUGGAACAACAGAUCAGGAUGGAGAAAGAGAAAAUGAAGUCAGAGGAAAAAUCCAAAGAAAAGCAGGCAUAUGAAGACCUGAGGAUGGAACUGGAGGCCAAGGACAACCAGCUACAUGAUAUACUGAUGAGGCAGAGACAGUUGGAACAGAAACUGCAGGAGUUGAAUCUAUCAGAAACCCAGACCAAACAGCUGAACCUGAGUCUUACACAGACUAACGCAGCACUAGAGAGUAAGCUGCACAGUUCCCUGAGUGGACUGAAGGGAGCCAUGGCUGAGGUACAGGAAUGGCAACAAAAGGCUGACACUGAGAGAAAACAGAAAACCAGGACUGCGUGGAGAGUGACAGCAGGGAUGGUGAAGGAGAGAGAAAGUCUAGUCAAGCAGCUCGACCUCCUCAAGAAUAUGAACCAAAAGCUCAGAGAUGACAAAGAUGCAUAUGAAACAAUAAGAAAGAGCAGUCGAGGUGAGGAACGUGAUGAGUCUGUUACCAUGACGACCAAACCAUCCCAGCUGGCCAGACAAGGCUCGUCUCUCAGUAAAUACCUACCUGCAUCUAGUGUCGGGAGGAAAGACAGCUUCCCCUCGCACUUAGACCCCCUGGAAAUAGAGGAUGAUGGGAUAGAAUAUGACGUAAUCAUGGAAGAAUUGACGCAGAGUUCUUUUGAUGAGGACAAAGAUUCAUCAACGGACGUGAUUUCAGCCGAUCUCCAAUCAAAUAAUCCAACCGUAGAGCGUAGUUUCAGUAGACGACAUCCGUCCAGACAGCUUUCACGGCAGUCGAGGAUAGUAGCAGAAGAGCAGCAUGGUGACUUAUCGGAUAGCGUAGCGGGAACGAGGGAUAGCGUAGCGGGAACAAGGGAUAGUGUAGAGAACAGCGAGGAGGAAAUGUUUGAUAUUGGUGAGCCGAGGGGACAGCCGGUGGGAGGGAAUACAGUCAGCAGCACCACUACCGAACAGGACCCAGCCGGCCCUGCUCGCAUGUUUAAGGUGGUGUUUGUUGGAGACUCUGGUGUGGGGAAAAGUACCUUCAUCUACAGGGUCUGUCAUGAUGACUACAAGGCUACAUUCUCAUCUACCAUAGGUGUGGACUUCCAUCUGAAGACAGUGGUAGCAAAGAACCAGAAGAUCACUAUGCAACUGUGGGACACUGCUGGACAGGAAAGGUUCCGGAGCAUCACCAAGUCGUACUUCCGUAAAGCAGACGGAGUGAUCAUCAUGUACGACGUAUCGGCAGAACCAACCUUUACUAGCGUACGCAGCUGGAUGGAGAGCAUACAGGAGGGAACAUCAGACGACACCGUGCUGAUGCUGGUGGGGAACAAGGUCGACCUUCUCCUGGACAACGACCUGUCAGGGGUCAAAAGUCACGUCGCAAAACGACUGGCACAGGAAUAUGAUGCCUUGUUCUUUGAGAGCAGUGCCAAGACUGGAGUGAACAUCACUGAAGCUAUACUACACAUGGCAGGAAAACUGUGUGAAAAGGAGGAUCAGCAGAUGGAGAAAGCUCUGAACCUGGAGGAAGCCGUGAGGGAGAAGAGGUGCUGUAAGAUGUAAUACAAGAAGUACCACCUGUGAAUCUGAAAAAAGAAAAGGGGGAUGGAGUAGUGUAACAGUUUAAUUCGAGUGCCACCAACUGAUCACUGGCCCAGACCUUUUAGCCUAGCAGUUAGGAUGUCAGCUUUGUGAGCUGGCAGCCUGGGUUCAAUGCGGGUUCAAAUCCUAGGAGCUAGGAGACUGUUAAUACUCACCACUUUGUCUUUCAAAAGCAACUAAAAAAACACACAAAACAAGCCUUGGAGAGCACAUGUAGUAUUACUGUAUCAGAGUGUGGUGUCUAUGGUUAUAGCUAUAGUGUAUGGUACAUGUACAUAACUAGUACUGUACAUGUGGUAUUGUUGUUCCUGGUGAUGGGAGUAUCUAUUUUGAAGGCAGCUACCAAAGUGUCAAAUUGAAUGUAUCUAGUCAAGAAAAUGUUGUCUUUAGUUACUUACAUUUACAUGGCAAAUUUAUAGUGCAAUUUUCAGUGCAACUUGAAUGAAACUUUACUAUCACAGUUUGUUGUUGUAAGCUCUUUUCUGCAAUAUUCUUUUAUGCAUAAUUAUGAAAUGUUACACGUAGAUUUCUGAAGUUGGUUGCUUUUUUUAUGAAGUGCAAGUUCCCCUUUAAGUGUGCCAAUGUAAUACUACAUUGUAUUUGCAAUAAAUAAAUCUCAUGUUUUGAGGUUGACAGUUAUGAAACAGUCAUAGGGACUUAAACUCUAAGUAAUAUUAUAUAAUAUAUAUAAUAGUUUUUGUAAUCUUUGGCAAUAUGUGUAUAUUUUGAGAUUGUACAUAGGGUAUUUCAUAGACAAGUUAAAAUAUACUUAUUAACUAAAAGAAGAUUGUAAAAUGCUGUGUUUUUGUACAAAUAUUGGAACAAAGUGCCUUAUAAGAAAUUCUGGUUACUGGAGUGUUUGUAUUCCUCUCUAAAAGAGUUCCUCUGACUGCUGUGAGCUAGGUGUAAAUAUGCUGACGUCUGCAUAUAACUCAGCAAGUAGAAGGUUAGAUAUUAAAUUUUAUGCAAUAUGUUGUUCAUGUUACAACAAUGGCAAUGUACUAGUAAUUGAAUGACUAAAGUUUUAAUUUCUAUAGCAGCUUUUACAUGACAUUGUACAUGUAUGUCUCUACAACUUUGCAGUUCCUCUUUUCCUUCGUAGUUCUUUCAGUGCCUAAAAAUCAACAUGUUGCAGAAAAAGAAGAGAAUGUACAAUUUUGUAAAAUCCCCUUCCACUGUAUCCUUAAAUGACAACAGUCCUAUAUGUCAAUAGACUAUAAUUACAUUCAUGUGACCGCAUCACAUGUACAUGUAUAUAGUACAUACAAUUACAAGCAAUUCUGAACAAACUAUAUACUAG